CCCCUUCUCAAUGUUGACCCUUUGGUGAAGUCUCCGGUCUCCGCGCGCAGAAAAGAGGAAGAAAUAAUAAUUAAAUAGGCCCCCGGAUCGAUUAUCUUCGUUUUUUUUAUCAAAUCAUCACUUUUGUCCUGAGCCUGAAAGAUAUUAACGGAGCAGGAGCACGUUUUUCCGCGGUGGCUCGCCCUAAGUUCAGACCGGGGAAGAAUAAAGGAUCUGUAGAUACUCGGUAAUGUCCCGUGUCAUAGAACCGCUGCUGAAAACUCGUCAAGAGAGGAUGAAGGAAAUCAAUUCAAGGAACAAGGAGAAGGAGAGGAUGAAGGAGCGAGAGAAGGAGGCAAGGGAGCGGGAGGCGCGCUACAGCAACGGCCACCUCUUCACCUCCCUCACCGUGUCCGCCACCACGCUCUGCUCCGCCUGCAACCGUAGCAUCACCGCCAAGGAAGCUCUGAGCUGUCCAACGUGUAACGUCACCAUUCAUAAUCGCUGUCGAGACACACUGGCUACCUGCGUCAAGAUGAAGCAAAAGCUGCAGAAGUUGGCCUUAGUGAGGAACAGCUCAGCUCUGCAGAAUGUAACACUGAGGAACAAGACUCCGUUAAUGAAGGAGCGCCCGAGCUCGGCCAUCUACCCGUCAGACAGCCUGCGUGCAUCGCUGCUGGGCUCGAGGAGAGUGAGGUCUGGGCUCUCAUUGGCCAAGAGCGUUUCCACCAAUAACAUCGCAGGUUGUGAGGACUCCCCUGUCGGUCUGAGGAGGAUUCUGUCUCAGUCCAGCGACUCCCUGAACUUCAGAAACCGAGCCAUGUCCCUGGAGUCACUGACAGACGAGGGGGAGAUGUACUACUCCUCUCUGCUGGAGGAGCUGCAGGAGGAGGGUCGCUGUGUGUCCACUGACAGCUGGAGCGUCGCCGUGGACCACAGCUUCCUUCAGAGUCAACGGAAAGACGUCAUCAAACGCCAAGACGUCAUCUACGAGCUCAUUCAGACAGAGUUCCAUCACGUGCGGACGCUGCGCAUCAUGGAGGGGGUGUACCGACGGGGCAUGCUGGAGGAGGUGCUGCUGGAGCCGGGCGUGGUUCACGCCGUCUUCCCCUGUCUGGAACAGCUGCUGGGCCUCCACCAGGCCUUCCUGGCCCUGAUGAUGACCAGGAGGGCCCAAUCACUGGCACCUGGCAGCCCCACCAACUUCAACAUCCAGCAGCUGGGAGAUCUCCUGCUGAAUCAGUUUUCAGGUCAGAGUGCUGAAGACAUCCGGAAGGUUUAUUCUGAGUUCUGCAGUCGUCAUCCCAAAGCCGUGAAGCUUUACAAGGAGCUGCUAGCCAGAGACAAGAGGUUCCAGCACUUUGUCCGGAAAGUGACACGAGGUCCUCUGCUGCGUCGUCAUGGGAUCCAGGAAUGCAUUCUCCUCGUAACUCAAAGGAUCACCAAGUACCCCGUCCUGAUACAGAGGAUCUUGGACAACACCAAGGGGAACGAGGAAGAGGUGCAGUCUCUGAGCACGGCGCUGGGGCUGCUGAAGGACCUGAUCAAGUCUGUGGACCAGGAGGUUCUGGAGCUGGAGCGCACCCAGCGCCUGCAGGAGAUCCAGGCCAGGCUGGACCCCCGGGCCCAGACGGAGGUCAGCGGAGGAGGCGUGUUCAGGGGAGGGGAACUGCUCCGCCGGAGGCUGGUGCACGACGGAAACCUCCUCUGGAAGAUCCAGGGCUCCCGCAUGAAAGAUGUGCAGGUUCUGCUGAUGUCUGAUAUCCUCGUCUUCCUCCAGGACAAAGACCAGAAGUUUACCUUCCCCUCGCUGGACAAGCCGUCUGUGGUUUCCCUGAACAAGCUGAUCGUCAGGGACAUAGCCAAUCAGGAGCGGGGGAUGUUUGUGAUCAGUGACUCCACCCCCCCAGAGAUGUACGAGCUCUACGCCGCAUCGAAGGAGGACCGCAAACACUGGAUGACCCUCAUACAGCAGACGGUCCUCAGGUGUCCAUCCCGAGAGGAGUUCGCCCUGAUUGAGACGGAGGAUAAGGCCUUACUGCGACGACUGAGAGCGGACAUCCAGCAGAAGGACAGGGAGGUGCUGGAGCUCCUGCAGGAGAGGGUCACCCUGUUCUCGGACCUGGCUGAGCUCACCAAAUCGGGGGAGAAGAGCCCCAAUUCCUCCAACACCCGGAACCUGUUCCGCCUGGACACGCCCCAUGCACCCCACGCUGAGAAACGUCUCACCGACGCCAUCUCUGAAGUUGACCGACUGACUGAGUUAUUGGUGGGAUCGCAGUCGUUAACGUGCAGCAUCGCCAACGGCAACCAGGACCAUCCGUGCUCCCCAAACCGAGAGCCCGCCUUAAAUGGAUCGUAUGAGUUCAGCAGUCACAUGUCUGAGGACACCAACGGAAACCGGUUUCAAGAUGGAGGGAUGAACGAGGAAGUAUGUCAGCGCCUGGUCAGCCUCAGUACGACGCUCCAUGCACUCCAGGCGGCGGUGAUCUGCCAGGACUCGGUGCUGGAGCUCUGCGUCCCCGGGGGUCCGACCGGCGGCCUGUCCGCCGGGACCGCCGUGCCCCGCCUCUCCCGCUCGGUGUCCAAAGACACGGGGCUGGACGCCGGCGAGGCCGCCAUGAUGCGCCGGCAGCUGGCGCUGCUGCAGGAGGAGGUGGCCCGGCUGAAGCCCCUAGAGGGCCAGCUGGGGGAGAGCGAGAAGGCCCGGGCCCUGGCCGAGAAGCAGCUCAAAGAGAUGGCGCCCAAGGGCCACCGCAGGAACCGGGGCAAGGGCCACGGCAACAAGGGAGAGAAGGCUUCACGGAGGAAGAGCUGCAGUGACAUUGAUAUCCCCACCGUCGCCCCAUUGGCCAGCCAGGAAGCUGUGGACCAAUUAGACGGUCCGAUCCAGGAAGUCAGCGAGGAGGACGAGGAGCCAGAUGUGGUCCGGAUCUCCCCCCGUUCUGACAGCCCCAGAGAUCUCCAAGACAUUCCUGAAGAGAGCGAGUGCGGUCAUGAAACCAUGUCCACUUGAAGGCAGAUCCAGAUGUUUCGUAUUACAUUUAUAUCACACACACACACACAAACACGAACACACACACACACUAAGUCAACAACUAUCAGUUGACAAAGUUGCUGCUUCAGGAAGCAGAAUGUUGUAAUAAUGUAUUAAGCUAGGGGUUUGAUCUGUUAGCCACCAUCAACACAGGUAUUACGUGUCGGUAUGGUAGGGUGACAGACAUCCCCGUUUUCAAUGGACCGUCUCCGUAUCUGGAGGCUUUUAAACAGGGUAAUGACCCCUUAAAAAAUAAAAAGAUUCUAUAAAUAUAUAUAUACUCAUUUUGGGACAGUUGGUAACUAGUGCCGUGUCCCUCUCAUAGGCUGUGAAACCAGCUCACUACACAGGGGUGUAUCUAUCAACUUCAUACCAUAAGUAGUAGGGCUUUGACUCCGAACUUCGUUAUUCGAAUAUAAUUCGAAUAUCAAAGAAUAAAUCAAAAUUCGAAGGAACAUUAGGCAGCCCUUAAUAUUGGAACCUGUUAUGGGCAGGCCAAGAGGGAGAGACGUCGGAGAACCCGACGCAGUCUAUUCAUGAUAUUGUAAUGACCACGGAAGAGGCAGUGAAUGAAGUAUUGAUUAGACAGCGAUUUAUUAGAAACCUAAUAAACCGUUGGAACACGCAAGACCGGUAACCAUAGCAACGCGGUAAACAAACCUUGCGAUGCCCAAUCCAGGCAUUUGGUCAAAAUAUUAUUAAUAAAUAUUCGAAUAUUAAUAUUAAUAAACAAACAAACUUCGAAUAUGAUUUUUGUGCAAAAGUCAAAGCCCUAAUAAGUAGUAAUGACCGAUCAUGAAUAAUAGGCUAUCAAUGCACCAUUCCUUAUUUGAGUGGCCUAGAUGGCUUCCUUCGGGGUGUUUUACCAAAGCUUAAAAACACAUCAUAGUAAACCAUUUGGCCUUCACUGCACAAUACUCUGCUAGGACUACAUUUUCGAUUGAUAAGAAUAGGCUAAAUGUAUUAGCGUUCAUUUCAGAAAUCUGGUCACCUUAUGGUAUAGCAGUUUGGAGGCAAUUCUUUAUCUGUAUAUUACUUUUAAGAACACGCUUUGCCUCUGAGGAUAGUUCAAUAACAAGAGCUCAUCCCUGUCAAGUUAAAACAUUUAGCCAUCAACAACCCCUUGAAGAGGGCUGGGGUCAACAUGCUUUAUCCAUAACUGCCUGUACAUCUUUAGAAAGAGGAUGAUGCUAAUCUUUAUGAAGGGCUAUAUACAUUGGCUGUUGGAACUGAAGCCUGCUGACUAGAAGGGUGAAGGGGCACUUGCCCUUCCCAAUGAAGAUAUGUGUAUGUUUGAUGAUCAAUCCUAUUUAAUGUAGCUUUAUACUGAAGGUUACCGUAAUAGUUAGAUAAUGAUGACCACAGUGCUGGAUCUUAUGAUUGUUUAAUCUCUAAUGCUGUCUUUUACAAGCUGAAGGAAUUGUCUGUAUACAUUUUGAUCAUUUAUCAAAAGAAACUGUAAAUGUUUUACUGUAAUAUUGCUGAUAAUUAUUGCAAGUCGAUCUACAUUAUCUGUGUGCUCUUUAUAAAUCUAAUGUAUUGA